UUUUAUUUGAUUGGAAUAGUUUAAGGGCUAAUUCCUGAUAAUUGUAAAUGGAUUGAUCCAGAUGGUUUUCAUUUUGAUAUAAAUCAUUUGAAGAGGAAAGAAAACUACAAAAUAACAUCUUUUAGUGGAGCAAUGUCUUUUGAAUUUAAUUUUUGUACAUAUGGUGUGUAAUGCAAUCACAGGGAGGUAAUGAAGGUUUAGUAAUAAGGGUUGCUGCGUUUUAACUAUUUCAUAAUAAAUGUUAUACAAUUGGAUUAAAAUCUGAAUCAGAUAUAUGGUAUGAUAGUUUUGGUUUAAAUCUAAAAUAUAAAAAUGGUAUAGAUUAUUGAAUUAUAUUAGGUGAUUUAUGUGGAGAAACCUUAUAAUAUUCAGUUUAAUUUUAAGUAUAAUGUGGUGAGGAAACUCCUUUUAAAUAAAUCAUGACAGAUUCACCAUGCAAUAUCAUGCUUUAAUCAACACAUCCAAUGGCUUGUAGAUAAAAAUAGAGUUACUUUUAUUAUUAUUUAUUUUCUUUUGUUUUAAUAGUCGCUGGGAUAUUCUUGAUGAAAAGAAAGAAAAAAUAAGAACAAGGCUAUGUUUUAGUUUGA